CAUCACUUCUCCGCGAGCAGCUGGCAAACCCGCUACUUGGCUCUCCCGAAACUAUUCCAUUUUUAAAAAUUAAUUAGCAAAAAUGUCGUCGUUCAGCCUGUCGGCGGACAACCCGCUUUUCGCCCUGUACGCAGUGCACGCCACCCUGCUCGUGUUCAAAAUGUUCUUGGUCGUGGUGCUCACGGCCCGCCAGAGAUUCGCCAAAAAGGUGUUCGCCAACCCAGAGGACGCCAAGGGCAGCAGUGCCAAGGUCAAGCUUGACGACCCCGACGUGGAGCGAGUCCGCAGGGCGCACCUGAACGAUCUGGAGAACAUCCCUGCCUUCCUGUUCAUCUCGUUCCUGUACGUGGCGACCAACCCGAACCUGGCGUUGGCCACCACCCUGUUCAGGGCGUUCACUGGCGCCAGGGUUCUGCACACGUUCGUGUACGCCGUCAAGCCGCUGCCGCAGCCUGCCAGGGGGCUCGCCUUCUUUGUCGGACUCGGCACCACCAUCUACAUGGCCGUCCAGGUCCUCAUCCACUUUUGGUGAACCAAAUGAGCCUCUGCUCUGGAAAAUCAAUCCAAAUUGUUUGUUAUUGUUGUUCAAGUUUCAUAUGGGAAUUUUUAUUAAAAUAAAAAUAAAUAAAUACAACACUUUUAA